GUGACCGUCGCUUUGCGCCCUUGCGCCCACCGCGUAGCGAGAGAGAGAGAACAGAGAAGGGACUCGAGCCCGUGCCGCACGGGGCAUUUCCACCGUCGGAUUCUGAAGCCUCGCGGCCGAGAUCGAGGGCUCGGAGGCAACCGUCGGAUUCCGAUCCUGGGUUACUCAUAGCCGUCCGAUCAGAGUAGACGAUGGAAAAGCGCUCCUGGUUCCGAGCCGGCCGCCAAUUCGUGGUUCCUCCUCCUCACGGGCGGCGGCGACGGCGGCGACUACGGCGAUGCGGCUGCUCUCCGGCGCCUCUGCUUCCCGAAUCCCCUGCCCCCUCCUCUCACUCGCCCGCGCGAGGGCAAGAUGCUUGCCGGUCCCCGCCUCUGCCACCGCGUGCCGAGCGGCCUCCUCGUCAGCCGCGGCGGCCGCGGGCGACGGCGGCGCGCUGAAGCCGUGGUUGUUCGUCGGGCUCGGGAACCCCGGGAAAGUGUACCAAGGGACUCGCCACAACGUUGGAUUCGAGAUGAUUGAUGUUAUAGCAGAAGCUGAAGGUAUAUCCCUCAGCAGUAUGCAGUUCAAGGCAAUGGUAGGAAAAGGUCGUAUUGGAGAUGCCCCUAUCAUGCUGGCCAAGCCACAAACUUUUAUGAAUGCAAGUGGUGAGUCUGUGGGGCAGUUGGUCUCAUAUUUCAAGAUACCACUUAAUCAAGUUCUUGUGAUGUAUGAUGAUCUAGACUUGCCCUUUGCAAAAUUGCGUCUACUGCCGAAAGGUGGACAUGGCGGUCAUAAUGGGGUGAGAAGCAUUAUCAACCAUUUGAAGCAGAACCGUGAUUUCCCACGUCUAAGAAUUGGCAUUGGACGACCACCUGGGAAGAUGGAUCCUGCCAAUUUUGUUCUCCGACCAUUUAACAGAAAAGAACAGGAAGAGCUUGAUUUCGCUUUCCAUAGGGGCUUGGAGGCAGUUAGAAUAAUGGCACUUGAGGGAUUCAACAAGAGCGCAACUUAUGUGAACACCGCACAGUCCUCUGAAAUGUUGAAUAGAUGAUAAAGUGUUCAAUUUAUUCUUAUAACAUAAAGAUUCUUAUGUCAGAUCUGAAUGUUUCCUAUCCAGUAGACACUUGCACACAUGGUGGUCAUUUUACUCUCAGGAAAUCCUGAGCUCCCGAGGACGGAAGAGAUUAUUUGAGCUGCAGCAACUUGGUACGGUGAUUUUCACCAGCAGCUUAAAUACAGGGAAGUUAGAGACGUCACACUACAUGCGUACUUCUGUUCCUUACAUUUGUAGCCUUGUAUUGAUUUCAAAAAACAAUUGUAGCACUGUAAUUUGGUGACCUGGUAGGGGGAGAGAGAGAGAGAAGCCUUUUUGUCUUGGUAAUCUAUACUUUGGAAAUCGUCAGCAUACUGUUAAACAGGAUUUCAGUGUUCCACAGUACCUUGUCUCACUUUCUAUAUGUAUAUACAAGUGUUGAUUAAGUAAUCACUCAUUUGAAUA